AUGCAGGAUGAAGAUGAGAUGGUGUCUUCGUCGCCUUCAGCUGUAUAUGCUGAGAAGAUUGAUCAUGCGAGAGGGAGGUGUUGUUUGAUUGCAGGCACGGCGUUGGCUGAGGAGUUUGAGGAGGCUUUGGAGAGUGCGGAGAUGGGUGUGCUUGAUAGCGAGGAUGUCAUCGACAAGUUGAGGAUUUGGAAUCAAGGCAGAAGGAACGUGGCUGCGAGAACCCGAGAAAGUGGUCACGUCGAAGUCCGUAAAAGAAUAGACCGGGACGUACAUCAUGGGUGUUCACCGUAUUUAUACUGUAGACCUUGUAAAGCGGUUGGCAAUCAAGAAGUCCUUGCAUCCAUACAACUUUUUCUCCCUGACUCUUAG